AUGACUCUUGCAUGGGUUUUGUACUUUGCAUUAUUGAUUAAACAAUACGAGUGUGGGUUCCUUAGUUGUAUAACCGAACGAAGAGCAGAUUUCGAUGUCUAUUUGGCGACAUCAUCCAUACUGGAUAUUAAUGACCUUAAACACAAGGACAGAACACACAUUUCUGCAAACCCGGGAGAAUCUGUAAUAUCAUAUUCCCCGGAAACUGACGAUAAGAUUAAACGAGUUUGUGAGGGUGGCGAUACAUUAUGGCAAGGGAAGAAAGGCGAAAGAUGUGUAUUGGUAAGAUUACACAUAAGAAGAAGCUCUCCAGAUAUUUUGAGUUUAGUCACAAAAACGCACACGAGAACAGAAUUCAUAACCCUAGAGAGGAAGGAUUAUGACUGGAGUCUCCUAAAGCAAGAUUUCAUUGAGAACAAAUCAUCGACAGCUUCAAGGUCACGAAGACUAUUGAGGGGAACUAGUAAGAAGAGAGAGCACUCUCCCAUCCUCGACAUCGCGCAUAUGGAAGACUUUGCAAUAAUAUCCAAAGAUAUCUACCCAAGGGUAGAUGGAGCGAGCUUUCUUCCUGAAAAAUCGGGCCACUAUGUAUUGGUUAAGGAGUGGGAAGAACCGAUUUGGGAGGCUGAGGGCAACGAAAUAUGCACCGGUGUAUGGUUGUACACCAGUUUCAAUAAUUACACUUCACUUUUGGUAUUGUGCAUCAAAAUGGGAAAUGAAUCAAGAAUUGUUAGAUACGGAAAAGUGUUUAGAAGGUGGAAAGUUGUUGACCAAGAGGAGUCAAAUAGGAUGUUUGCGUCCAUGAAAAAGGUAAAAUUCAAGCCAAGGGCUGUAAUAAGGGACCCAGAAGAGGUCUCAAAAUACAUUGAUAAUAGGGAACCAUUUUGUAUGCCUGCGGCAUUUGUACGUCUGACUCAACUAUCUGAUGAGGUAUUCGAGGAUGAAGAAGAACAAGUUGAAUCUUCUGAAGACAUGGAUGAUACAACAAGUAGAAUUGAAUCUCCCUCAUUUUUUUAA